GUUGUCAGCCUGUUGCGUCGUUACACGCUCAAAACAUUCGACCAUUCAAAGAGUGGAAACACACAAAACGGCAAAACAAACAGUGAACAGGAUUAACCAACAGUUAGAAUUUUGAAAAAGAAACAGAAAUUGCAAAAUUAGUUUUCAAAAGUGCUUAACAAGGGUGAAUUGAAAAGAAAGUUAGAAAGAAAAAUUCCACUAAAUAAUAUUGGAAUUAAAGUGAACGUGAUUUUGUGGAGAAAAACUUCGUUGCAUUAAAACAGUGAAGGUGAAUUUGUUUUUCAAUUUUCUUGAGGUGAAAGUUUUUGAAUUCAAAAAUCUUUGAUUUUAGUUUUUUCUUAAAAAAGAAAUUAACAAAGAAUUCCAUUCCAGUGCUAAUCUCUUGUGAAUUUUAAAGCCUUCCAAAGGUAUUUUUCAAAAUUUAAUUACAAUUACAAAGCAAUUCAAGUGAUUUACAUUUAUUUCCAAAGAAAAAACAAGUGUAACAAAGUGAAUAAUCACCAAAUUCCAAUUUGAAUCUGUAACGGUUGGGCGCCAAAUCAAAUCACAUCAAAUUCGCUUUGUAAGAGCGUCCCAUUUUCAUUUGCCAACGUUUUAUUGGAUUAAUUUAUAACCGCCAUUUAUUUCACUAUGAAAGCCACAACGUGGUUGUGUCCAGUAUUAACUUUAUUGUGUGCCGCACAGUUAGUCUACACAGCACAGAGGGGCAAUUAUGGCAGUUAUCACCCGGCCAUGGAUGCCAUGGACUCGAAUGUGUUACAGAAUGAUUAUUUCCUUUCGAAGCGUAACAAACCCUCAUUGUCGAUUGUGAAUCCACUGGAUGUGCUGCGGCAGCGUUUGCUUUUGGAAAUAGCUCGCAGGCAAAUGAAAGAAAACACAAGACAGGUGGAAUUGAAUCGGGCUAUAUUGAAAAAUGUUGGCAAACGUAUGCUGAACAAACAUCCCCAUCCGUUGUUGCCCACUCUGGAGCAACAAUGGAUGGAUGCCAUGAACGGCGGUGAUGGUGGCCAGCAAUCACAGCGACACCAAAUGAACGAUGAUGUUGCUGGUGACAUGCAACGCGAAUCGAUGGCAAUGCAACCCUACGACGAUUUGGAAUUAAUACCCUCAACAUUAAUUUUUGAUUAUCUGCAGCAGCGACAACAACAACAACAACGACGACGACCUUGGAUGGCAAACGACAGAAGGACAUCAAUGUCGUUCGAUAGCUACGAUGAUGAGAAUGUCAAUGGAGCAAAUGAUGGUGGCAUGGAUGACUUGGAUGUGGUUAGCGAUGGCAUUAAACUGGCAUUCCAACCAAUGGUGGUGGCUGCCAAUGGCCAGAGUGAUGAACGCCACGAAACCACAAUGAAAAAACCAAUCAAUCUCAGUGGUCACGAGGGUGAGCCCAAAGAGAGUCUUUUGUCCUCUUUAAAACAUCACAAAAACAGCAACAACGAUUUCAAAUUAAACGAUUUAGCGACUCUGGCUCUUAAUGAGGGUUCAAAUGCUCCUAACGAUAAUUCUGACGAUAGCAACACCAAUGCCAACAACAACAACAAGAGUGUGACUAGCAACAAAAACGGCAUUAACGAUGAUAAUCAGGUUGAGCGUUAUUUGUAUCAUUUGCAUAAAAAUCAUUUAACGAGAAAGUAAACGCUUAACUAACGCUUCCAAGACCCCACAGCAUCCCAGCACCCCCUGUCUCAAAUCAAGCAUACGCAUAAAAUCCCAAGGAAUGAAGAAAAACUAAAGAAAACACACGGAUUGACAGAGCUUCCUUUCAAUUUGAACGAUUAUCCUUUAUUGUCCUUGCAAAUAAUUCAAACGAGAUUUCAGAGAAUUCCACACAACCCAACCAAAAAGGUAAAGAAAAUGAGCAGCUAAAGUGAGGAAAAAGAAAAAAGACAUUGGAAAACAAAAGAAAAACACAAGUCACGCAUUUUAACAAAAUAAAAAAAAAAAACAAAAUGAACGAAACGAACAUAACCUAAAAAUAAAACUAAAAAAACGCUCCUUAUUCCCAAACUCCUCCCACACACAAAUGUUAAACACAAAACAGCUUAAACGAAUAUAUUGAUUAUAAUUAAUUAUUAUUAUAUAAAAAAAGUAAAUAAUGAUAUAUGUAUAUGUACUUAUAUAAAUACACGACAAUUACCCCAACUACCCACCCACCAAACAACAAACAUCAAACCAAACAACCAGCCAAACACGCAUACAAAUACUCCCACACACACACUCUCAUAAACAAAAAAUAUGCUGUAAACAUAAUAAAAACAAUUUAUGAGUGUAAACAUUGUUAUAAAAUACAACUGGCUAAAUGUCUUAAAGAAAUAUUGCAAAAAAAAGAAUAAUUAAAAAAAUAUGAAAUCAAAAUUAAAAGAGAAAAAAAAAAAACGUUAUUAAUUUUAAACACACAAAUCAAGUGUAGAAAAAAAUGUAAAAAAUCCAAAAAAUUAAACAGAGAACUACCACCCCAAACGAAUGCAUGUACAAGUUUAUUUUAAUAACAAUAAAAAUUCUGAAAUUAAAAAAAAAACAAAACACUUAACGCUCUUUAUUUUGACACACUACAACAUCCAAGGGCAGUUAUGAGAAGUUGAGUAAUUUACAGUAAAUAUAGGCCACCUUAAAAGCUUUCAAUGUUUGUGCGUUUUGGCUUGGCAGACAAAAAAUAAAUAAAUUUUGAAGCAAACUGUUCUGAAAUUAUCUAAAAAUUCUAAUUUUGAAAGCCACCACAUACUUCGGAGCCCCAGAAAAUGGGAUGAUAGGACACACCUUUCCCGUUUCCUCAAUUUAUUUAUCUGGUUUGAUCAAAUCAGAAACCACUCUUAAGAGAUAAUGAGACGAAUAAUUUAUUUCUAAAUCGGAAGUUUUAUCCGAUUCGAUAGUAUGCCAAAGAAUAUUCUCUUUGACACAUGUGUAAUAGAUUAGUAUCUUUUAUUGACCAUUACACCCAGAUAUUUAAGUUUUUCAACCAGAGGCAUGGUUUUACUCUUAAUUUUCAGGACCGGAUAAAAGGAUCUAAAGUUGGCUUUACUCUUGAGAAGUACAACGGUAUAUUUGUCCACAUUCAUCUUGAGGCCUCACAUACGGGAGUAUCUAUAUAUGGAAUUGCUCAUGAUGCACGUUAAGACGAGUAAAUUAACUUGACAAGAUGACAUAAACGUCAUAAAAGAGUUAUAAAAUACUUGAUAGGAUCGGUCCCAAGUUUCCCAGUUUGCUUGCGUCUCCUAUAUCGACUCUAAAGAGCCUAUAUUUCAGGAGAAUUCAAGUCUGAAUGUUUUUACUCGAUUCCAAUUUACUGCUCCUUGAAGAGAAUGCCGCUGUCUUGUCAAAGUCGGUAUGUAUGGAUUUGCUCAUGAUGCAUGUUAAGACGAAUAAAUUAACUCUUGAUCCAGACUUUCACAAGAUGACAUAAACGUCAGAUAAGAGUUAUAAUGUACCUGAUAGGAUCGGCCCCAAAAGGUAGGCCUGAAUGACCCUUGCCAAUAUAAUUCUUGCGUUCGAAAAAUUAUCUCCUCUUUCGACUCUAAAGACCCUAUAUUUCAGGAAAUUGCCAGUCUGUAUGUUUUUAAUCGAUUCUAAUUUACUGCUUCUUGAAGAGAAUACCGUUGUAUACGUCGGAGUUAAUGUCUUCUCAAAGUCGAGCCCUACGGUCAAAGCUUCUUAUUAUUUUUUUUGGAUCCUUUUGGCUUCGAAAAUAGUUGAUGGAGGAGUUAAAAAGUUUAUCAAAGCCAAACAGCAAGGAAAUUUAUCUAUAGCUUCCAAAAUUAUUUAGAGGAGAUCAUGUCUUUCGGAUUGAUGUAAAUUCUGAAUCUCGAUUUAUAAUUAUCAAUCUGUAUUCCACGCUAGGAAGGUUUUAAUUAAAUUAUUCUAACUAUUUUACAAUCUCUAUUUCUUUGUGGUGGAACUACUUAACGCUAUUUGAAAUGCCUCGAAAUAUUGGUCUUGGACCCACAAUAAAUGAAGUUAGGCUUAAAAUAAAAUUACGUUAGGGUUAGAAUAGUAGUCUAUUGUUAAAGGUGAUGAAAUGGAUCAACAAGAUUCAUAGACGCGUAAUUUUACACGGGGUUACAGUUUAGGAUAAGGAAAAGGCCUACCAUUUUGGUUGAAUCUAAGUUUUCAAAUGUUGUUUCGAAUUUCUAUAAGUGCGACAGAGGAUGUAAAUAUACGGAAUGACCUUAACACAAUAAUUUAUUAAAUUAUUUCUAACCCCUUAAGAACCAAACAUAAUUUUUAGAGUGAUCUUUUAAGUAAUCCGAUUAUGUAUCCCAAUAUCCAGUCCAAGGGGUUUCAGAUAUAUAAAAUCUUAACCGUAAAUUUUAGUGUUAUAGGAUAUCCCAUGGUCGGCGCGCCCUUCUGUAGCCUUUGCUAUAUUGUCUAUAUUAAGAUUGUCUUUUCGUUUGUUUGUAUGUCUAUCUGUCUGUGGAAAUUACUCCAGCUUACUAACGAAAUUAAGUAGGCUCAUUUUGAUAUAGCCCCAUAUAACUGUACCGCCACAUUUAAGGUGUUUUAGAUGUUUUAGUCAUAUUUUUAAACGGAAUUUGCUGUAAAUAUGCAGUUAGUGUUCCACAUAUAUGGGAAACAUCUUUGCAAAGAACUGUCUAUAUAGAUCCAAGUAUAAGAAUAAUCUCCGCCUAACUGUACCCCUCGAUGUUCGGUAUUUCGUUGAUUUGUAUCGCAUUUUGCACCGGAUUUGUAUCAAAUUUGAUAUUUGGAGUUCGUAAUAGACAACUGACAGAAAAUUUCUUAUAAAGGUCCACGUCUUCAUAUGAUCUCCAUAUAACGGUACCUAUAUUCGUACCUAUUAGUACACUAACAUAGUGUACUGUACCGGUACAGUAUCACUAAAAAAAUUUUUAGCGGUAGUGUUCCGGUACAUUACCACUAAAAAAUAUUUUAGUGAUACUGUACCGGAACACAACGAUGAUCGUAGUGUACCGCAGUCGGAGCGCUAAAAAAUCGUAGUGUACCGCAGUCGGAACACUAAAAAAUCGUGGUGUACCGGAGUCGGAGCACUAAAAAAACGUAGUGUUCCGCAAUCGGAGCAUUAAAAAUCUACACUACGAUUUUACCACAUUAAAAAAAUUGAAAUCAUAAAACUGAUUUUAAACACUCAGCUAUACACUGUAAAAUAUUUAGUUUUUUACACCUACAUUCAUUUAUUUUUUGGUACCACAAAAUAGCAGGUAAAUUAUUUGCAUAAUAACCCAUUACAAUGCAACCACUAAAAUACCCUUUUUCGCGGAAAAUUUCAAUUUUCAAUGGUUAAAUACAAAUUAUUAUGACUUCAGAUUUGGUCCUUUUUAUUCUUUCUUCCUAUUCCCAUAUUUUUCUACUUUCUUCAAUCUUGCAACCAAUCUAAACAUACAUGACAAAUAAAAUAAAUCCAGCUUUUAUUUUCAUAAUAUUGAAUUAUGCUAGUAAUUUUUGCAUUAUCAAAAACAUAAAACAUCUAAUUUUUCUCACAAAUCGUAAACAACAAAUAUGUGGUACACUACCGAUAUAUUAUUUUUUUUAAUGUUCCGCCAUGCGGUACACUACGAUUUUGUAGUGCUCCGACUGCGGAACGCUACGUUUUUUAGUGCUCCGACUGCGGUACAGUACGAUUCUCGUUGUGCUCCGGUACAGUAUCACUAAAAUAUUUUUUAAUGGUUGUGCUCCGGUACGGUACAUUAUCUUAGUGUACCACUCCACCUCGGAACGGUACAGAACACUACGGUACAGUACCAUACUGUUUAUUUUCGAACGCUGUCUUUGACAGAUAAUUUGCUGUUCCCCGUUUUUGUAUAGCUUUGUAUAACUAUAACAACUGAUAUCCGGAAUUUUUAAUAUUUGUCAAUUCAAAAGGAAAUUGUUUACAUUCUGCAAAUUUCUUCCAAAUGUUGGAGGGUUUUAAGGGUUCCGCCCGUCCGAACUUCGCUGUUUUUAUGGAGGGUAUAUUAAGUUUGUCAUUCCAUUUGUAACACCUCGAAACAUAUAUUUUAGACCGUAUAUGUAUUCCUGAUCAGCAUAAAAUUCUAUGUCGAGUUAGCUAUGUCCGUCUGUGGAAAUCACUCUAACUUCCGAACGAAUUGAAAUAGAUUGCUAAAAUUUCGCUCAAAUGUAUGUUAUGUCUACAGGACUUUUGGUAUUGAAAAUGGGCCAUAUAGGUCCACGUCUUCGUAUAGCCCCAAUACCACGGUACCUCCAUAUAUUCGUCAUUUUCAUAAUUUUACUGACAUUAUUCACCUGAAAUGUUUCAAAUUUGGUAUUUGAAGUUCGUAAUGGAUAGUACAGCCUCAGGCAGAAAAAUUUCUGUGCAGGUUCACGUCUUCCUAUAGCCCCCACGUAACAGUAACCGCGGAUAUUCAGUAUUUUGAUAAUUUUAGCGACAUUAUUCACCGAAAUUGUUUGAAAUUUUGUAUUUGAAGUACGUAAUGGAUACUACAGCAUAUGACUGAAAAUUGUCUGUGCAGGUCCACGUUUUAAUAUUGCCAUAGCUACAUUAUUGACCGAUUUUUUUUUUUCAAAUUUCGCAUGUUUGAAUGUUAUAAUGGCUUAUGAUAAUAUAACGGCUAAAUUCGGUAGCUUUAAGAUUUUUACAGAAUUUUUAAUUGGUUUUUAUUUGAAAAUUGCCAAAUUCGUUCCAUAUGGUGGAGGCCCGGCCGAAUUUUGAGCGUUUUUACUUGUUUACUUGUAAUUUUUUUUUCUUUUUUGCGAAAGGGGAUUGAACUUGCGAGUUGGCACACCAAUGAACUCAAAUCGGAGAAAUUAAAUUUAAAAGCGAACUACCGGCCUAUUAUAUACUUAGAAGUUAUAUCAAGGGAUAUGAUAUUUCCAAUGCUUAACAUUUUGAUUUACAAUGAAAUAAGUAAUUUUACUCAAAGUUAUUUUUCUUGACUCUGACUUUAUUACACACGUGCCUAGCUGAUCUCUUUAAAAAUGUCUAUUUUAAAGCAAAACUCUCUUGGAUUUUAUAUUAAAACAAUGUAAAUUAUACAGGUAACGAAAUAUUUUAAAAUUCGAAAUCUGUCCAAAUUUAUGUUCCACUUGCAGAUUCACUAUAUAAUUGCAAUGCGUUUGACAACUUUCCUUCAAUAUUAACAUCUUCUGGUUUAUGGCUAACAUGUAGGCGGAAAUAGAUAACCACCAAUAGGUCUUGGAUAUUUUAAUCAACUGUUUCUUCUUCUAAGUAUAGAGUGGUGGAACUUUGCCUCUUCUCAUCAGGAAAGCCCAUACUUUCCCCAAGUGUACGGGCUUCCCACUAAGUGUUGAUGAAAUUAAGAUUUUUUUUUUAAAGAUUUAAAGCUUUGUUACCUUAUUCUACUUCCUCUUGCCCUUGGAUAAUAACAGUUUUUCUUUCAUCAAUCGCACAAUAGAAACACAAUACUCUUCCGCGGGCGGAUUAAAUAAAUGAAACCAUAUUCAAUAUAAAUUAAAAUUAUUAACAGUAGACCUAUUAAAAAACCCUUUGUCCCAUUUUGCUGUAUGUCUCGCAAAAAAAAAAAAAAAAUUACAUCAAACGAUUUUACCACUUAACUCUACUUUUUACUAAAACACAACUGAUAACGACUCUAUAAGGGCAGCUGUUACCAAAUAAGUGAAACAUUAAAAAAACAAAAAUAAAAAAAAUAAUAAAAAUACCUUUUGUUAGACUUUAUUUCUUAUGCUGUGUAUAUUUUACUGAAUACUAUACUAAUACUCAAUGGAAAUUAAAAACCAAAUCUCUUAGCAAAGAAAAAUACAAAUUAAAUUUACGUGUCAUUUAAUAAAAGCCUUUAAUGUCAAAAGAAAAUAAAAACUUAAUAAAGACUACCAAUAUUACACUUUAACUCAUGAAACUCAUACAUUUUUAUUUUUAUUAUUUGAGGUCCGUGUUAAUUAUUAUUGCAGUUCGAACGCAUUUUCAGGUCAUCUGCAAAGUGUUGCAAAAAGUCAGUUUUCUGGAAGAGGACAUAUACUAGUUAAAAUGACUAGGGAGAAUAUAAUUAGUCGACUUAUAAACACAACUGAUAAGGGGUCUUUAUUGACGUCCAUAAAGGAGUCAUCACCGGAGAACUUUAUAGAUAAAGUAAAAGGAUUUUUUUGGUGUUUAUCUUAUACGAUCGAAAAUAAUUUUUUAUAUAUGACUAUUUCGACUAGUCCUAAUAUAAGAUAUAAAAUUAUCAUUUUAAGAUGACUUCAUGGAACUUGUUAAAGAUGUCUUGAAAUGAGCCUCAAAAAUGUUUCAAAUAAGUCUUUAAGUCCAUUUGAAACUGUUGUUUAAGUGUGACUUUAAUGUAGUCUUUACAGGCGACUAAAAUGGUGUUCAUGGACGACCCGAAAGGAGCAACUUAAAAGGAAUUUUUUUAUAUACGAAUUUAAAAAUUGUCGUCAUUUUAGGAGGGUUAAUAGACGAGUCUUUGACUAUUAUUUUGUGACGUUCCUGAAACUCUAGUUAGUAUUCAGAAAUUUUGUAAAGAACCAAAUUAAAAACGAAACAAAGAAAAUUACACUCUAGAGUAUCUGAAGUUUUUUUAAACAUUGCUGAUUUUUCUCAUCGAGAACAGAUUUUUAAUAAAUGACUCUUACCAUUCUUAGGGUAUGCCCUAAUCGUGUUAUACUUCACAGUUCCCCAAUUCACUAUUUCUUAUGUGAAAGUCCACUAAUUCUGCUACAUUUCCUACAGCAGUUCAAAAUUUUGGGAAUAAACUUAAAUGUCAUAUUGAGCUUGGAGUACCAAAAAAGUUUAAUAUUGGCACAUUGUAAUAUUUUUAUAUGAUUUAGGACAGUAUCGAAUGUGAAUAAUAUUAGCCAACUCUUUCUGAUACCUCUCUAAAGGUUGAAUAAUAAUAACUCUAGUUUAAUGUGAAAUCAGUUUCCGACUUUUGGCACAUCGUAAUAUUUAAAUUAGACUUGGUUCAACGGGAAAGUGGACAAUAUUGGCUAAUUCCUUCGAGUACCCCCUCACAUUUUUUUAACUUAGGUCAGGGGUGUGUUUUUGGGCCCUAGAUCUCCUCGGACCAAAUCUGUUUCAGGACAUUUGAUCUAUCUAUUCCUCGAACGGAAUAUCCGAUUUGAUCCAAACUGGGUACAUUGUAAUAUUAUUGUCAAACUUAAGUCGAGUUCAGAGAUGGACAAUAUCGGUCAACCUCUUCAGGUACCUCUCACACAAAAGGUUAAGAUUUUAACACAAAAUAAUAUACCGUAUAGAACAGGAAGGGAUCAUCCAACCAGGUGCAAUAUCGGACCACUACAUCCUGUAUCUCCCUCACAAAGGGUCAAAAUUUUGAAUAAUUUUAACUUUCAUGAAAAGCGAAAAAAAGCAUUCGAUUAUCCUGAAACAUCACACAUCCCAAUAUAUCUACCAACUCAAGAUCUCGGAUAUUGGUCCACUCUUUCUUCUAGCUCUUCCGCUACGCGAAUUAAACGCGAAAUGAGCAUCCGAUUCCCUUCAAACUAGGAUCAAUAUGUUUAUCAGCAUAACAUUUACUGUCAACUUAGAAUGUAUCGGACUACUCCUUUUUGUACCUCCCCCACAACGAGUAAAAAUUUUGAAUAAUUAUAACUCUCAUAAAAUUCGAAAUACGCAUUCGAUUAUCUUCACAUUUUACACAUCCCAAUCCUCCGUCCGUCCGUCUGUAUGUCUGUCUGGCUGGUGUGCACAAUAACUCUCGAAGGGAGUAUCUGAUUUGGUCCAAACACGGUGCAUCGUAAUAUUUUUGUCAAACUUAGAUCGAGCUCGAAGAUGGGCAAUACCGGUCCACACCCUCUGGUAUCUUCCCCCCAAAAGGUCGAAAUUUUCAUAAAAUAUAUUUUCUACACAGAAAGAGAAACGAUAAUCCGAUUUUGCUUCAACUUUGCAAAUCGUAAUAUUUGCAUCAGUGCUAGGUCAACUGCGAAAAAGGACAAUACCUCCCCCACAAAGGAUCAAUUUUUUGAGUAAUUUCAACCUUAUAAAAUGUGAUGUAAGAGUCCGAAUAAUUUUAACCCUUAUACAUUGUAAAAGGUCUGAGAUUUUUUCAAAAUCUUUUUCGAUAAAAGAUCUGAUGUAUGUCGGUUCAAUAUUUCUGGUAAAUCCCCCAAAAAGUUGAAUCAUUUUUAUAUAUUUCAUGUAUUGUAAUGGAAGUAGUCGAUACAGCUCAAACCUGAUACGUCGAAAUACUAAUAUCAGACUUAGGUCACAUGCUAAAUCCAAAAUAUUGGCCCAUUACUUCGGUAUAUACGCUUUAAAGGUUCAACAUUUAAUAGAAGGACUUAUGACAUGUGUCCGCAACAUCGAGUGCACUAUUUUAACUUGCUUAUGCUGAAUCUAGUAAAAUGUGAAAUCAGUAUCACAUAGCCAAUUAGACAGUAUUUGAUCUCGCAUCAAGGUGUGAUUUGUGGGUUCCCUCUGUGUGAUACCUCUCCCUCAAAGGGUCGCAAUUUCUUAAUAGUCAUUCACUUUUAUAAACCUCGAAGUUAUUUCCCAGUUCUAUUCAAACUUCGCACAUUGCUAUAUUGGUACUGACAUUAGAUCUUGUGAAAAGUUGAGAUAGGUUGAUCAAAUCUUUAAUGUACGAGGGAAUGUAUCAGUUGGAACAUAAAGAUUGAUGGAUCUAAUAUUUUUGUGAUAGUAGAAGUCCUAUCCGUUAGAAGCAUGAGAACUGAAAACUUUUGUCGUCUACCUUAAUUGAAUGUUCACACACGCAAUCUGAUCAGCUAUAGGUUUUUAUCCUGUGAUCUGUGAUCUCCGAAUGUCUACCCUAAAGGACGCUAUGGUUUGUCGAUCAUUCUGAUCUGGUAUUUUGUAACCGAAAGUGUGGAGGUGUAGCUAAGAAAACGUCUGACGAUCUCUUGAUGCCUGUGGCAGAUAUGUGGUCCAAACUUCUGGUCAGGGACCUAGCUAGAUAUAUGUAAGACCAUAAGAAGAAAUAUUACAAAUGUCUUGUGAGCUGAUUGUAUGUCCCAAUAUCGGGAUGAUAUCCCAAUCCUUAAUUAUAUCCGACUAGUCUGCUACCAAGAGUCAACUACCCUAUUAUUUGUCCAUAUUAUUUUCCGUAUACGUGACAAGUUUGUUACUUUUCGCGACGUCCUGGAAUAAAUAUGCUCCAUACUAUGGACAUACGCAGAAAUGCAGUUUGAAACUAUUUCCGAGAAGCUCAUCUUGCCAAUAACUUACAUUUCCAUAGAAAAUGGCAGCAAUUUAGGUGGGGGCCCUUGUCCCAGGGAACUCUAAUGGACAUGAAGUCUUAUAACACACGUGUGUAAGUGAAUCUCUAUCUCCGUGUAUCGAACUAAUCCAGGCGUCGUCAAUAUAUUGUUUGCAUUUAGACAUCAGUGGAACUCAAUCAUAAGCAUUCGGAAUUUUCCUCGGAAUUUUAUCGGCCUCUCAGGAGCCGAUAAUUGUGCUUUCGACUACUCAAAUAUAAUUAGCACCCUUCAUCAUUUUCCUGAUUUUUCGCAGGCUUUGAUUUUGAAUUUAUAAAAAUAACCCCCAUUUAAAAACCAUGAAGACUAUUUCUUUCGCAACUGCAAACAUUUUCAAAUAGAUGUACACCCAUUUGGGUUGAUUAUAUGUACACAAAUUAAUAUUUAUUCAAUAAGAAAUUAAGAGAAAACUUUUUAUUUUAUUUCCACAAUAUGGAAUACAUAAACCCCAAAAACAGAAAACAUAACCUUUGUAUAACUAGUCUGAAGAAAAAUUAUCAUUUUAUUAACAUACAUAUAUACAAAUAUGAAAUAAAUUAAAAAUAAUUAAGCAUAAAUGUUUACUGAAAAAUUCCAACUAAACAUGAAUAUGUAUGUGCUACUCCACAUCAGUCGUAAUUUCAUUGAAUGAUUGAAUUUCUUUGAAAAAAAUUAACUCAUAUUUAAAUUUUAGUUUUAUUGAAUAAAAUGAAAAUAUUUUUUGGUUGUUGAAAAUAAACACAGAAACACACACAUGUACACAAAAUGAAAAUCUUUAGAUGAUGAGGAGCAGCAGCAGCAGCCGCAAUACCUAGACAUAGAACAAACACCUACCAGUGCGGUCAAAUGUUAUCCCCCCAAAAAAAAGAAUUCCUUCAAAAAAAGAAGAAAAUAAAUAUUACUUUAAAUAACUGGUCAUAUAAACGAUAAAAUUCAAAUAAAAUAUUUUUAACCAAAAAAAAAAUAUGUAAAUAUUUACCAAAAGAAUGUUAAAAGUAAAAAAGUAAAAUAUACAAAAUCAAAUCGAAAUAUUCCAUAAUUAUUAUGUAUUUAUAAUUAUUCUGCAAGAAUGAGUCGCUGCAACCGCCGUUGAUGAUGAUGACGAGAGGAUGAUGAUGCCGAUGUUACAAACAUUGAUAAGUCAAUAAAGUGAAAAAAGCUAGACAGAGAAAAAAAGCCAAAACAAAUAUUUGUUGUUGAUUCAUUUCAAUUAUUUAUUUAUGGAUGUAUGAAAUACUAUAUUUGACUUGAUAAAAUAUGUUACUAAAUUAAU